AGGUUAGCUUCUUAUUCUGUUUCUCCAUAAGUAAUAAUUUGAUUCUUCACCAGUUACUGAAUUUUAAAUUAAAAUGUCGAACAGUCAUUUAUUCCUUAAAUCUGGAUUUCCACGCGCGCCGCUUCAAAAUGGCAUUGGACGCUAUGUUUGCCAAUUGCAGCGUGUUACAUUAAAGUUCUGUAAGAACAAUGGCUCUAGCCGUGGCAUGAGAGAAUUCAUUGAAAACCAUCUGGUUGACUUUGCCAAAGAAAAUCCCGGUGUAGUGGUUUAUGUUAAACCUCGCCGUCAUCGUGGACCGGUUCUAGUUGGUGAAUAUUUAAAUGGUGAUCGCGAAUGGCUAAACUGCCGCAAUGCCAAUAAAGAUGACAUUUCCAAAUGGCUUCAACUGCUGAAAACGCAGAAUGGUAGUUCAAGUUCAUUGCGUUUACGUAAAAUGUGGCAUACUGAUGUGCCUUCAAUACAAGGUCCAUGGACGCCGUUUACUUUACGAGCACCAGAGGCAAACGUGGCAACCUAUCCCAACGCAGACGCUUCACGACCACUCGAUGUGGAACAAUCGGCGACUGAUAAACUUAUUGAAUUAUUUAAACAACAGCGUCUUGCUGAUAAAAACAAAUCCACAGAUGAAGUGUUGGAAGAAAAACGUGCUGAAUAAUUGUAAUUAAUUAAUAGAACAAAAAAUAUAGUUUAAAGUAUUGAAAAGAAAAUAUGCUAUUGUUAAUCUUUUUUAAACCGGCAAGGAUAUGUAAGAACUGUGCGUGUCAAUGCAACCCCAGAGCAGAUGUUAGGGCUGUGUUGAGAUUCCGCCAGUAAGGCUCGGAACGCACCAGGAUAUUUAUCCGGCUAAGUAUUGUAAAUUCGGCAGCUUUCCUCUAAAAUAUUUCAGAAAUGU